AUGACUGGCUUACUAAUGACACAGAAGGACGACACAUUGCGCAGCAGACUCGCAGAAGAUGACCUAUUCUCUUUGGAGGAUAUGGCUUCCAAGCCAUCCUCGGCAACAUCACUUUUCAGUGCUGAUUAUGAGUUCACUGAUGAUGAAGGCAAAUCCUUUAGUAACCAUGCAUCCCUGUACGUCGAUAUGGAAAACGAGAAACAGGCGACAAAGAAACAACAGGACGCACCGAGUGGCGCUUUGGAGGCACUGCUUUCUCCUACCCCACGGAAAAGGUCACUGAAGCUGAAAACAGGAAAGCGAUCCUCCGAUUUGGAUGCACUCCUUUCUCCGGCGGCAUCAGGAAAGAAGAAAACGACAAACCGAUCUGCCACUUUAGAUGCACUCCUUUCUCCCCCUCCAGCUCAAAAGAAGAAGGCUGUGAAACGAGCCAAAAACAGCAAAUCAGCAGGUUCCACUGCUGAAACCUUGGACAAUAAAUCAAAAAAGAAGAAAGUCUCUUCUCAGCCGUCCCCCGGUGGUAGUCGAAAACUGCCCAGUAUCAAGCGUUUGGAAAUCGAUGAAAACGAAUAUGAAACAGACACAUGCGAUGAAGACGAUUACGAAACAGACACAUGUGAUGAAUACGAAACAGACACAGACGACGAAGAUUUUCAAUUUCUGUCCGAGAGCAAAGCGAAACCAUUGUCAAAAAAGGAUUUGGUAGACAGAGCUUUGUCCAUGGAACGCACUUCUAUGAGACGAAGCUUGUCUAAGAAGAAGAGAGACACGUUGUCCCUUUCUAACCACAGCAGAAAGGGAAGAAAAGACGAGGUUGCCUCACAGAGUCCGCGGUCUCCAAGGAAUCGAAGUCUUUCCAAUAAGAGGACAGUGAUGAUGGAUGCGUUGUCUCUCUCUAGUAGAACAACAACAACAGAAGCAGUGCGACGAACUCGUAAGGGUUCGAAAAGGGAAAAUUUUUUGGGGGGUUCUGCUUCCAAUCUUGAUUAUGCACCCACACCCAAACGCGCUACUUCUCUCAGGAGUUUAUCAAUCGUUAGGGGUGCGGAACAGCCACCCAACCAUGGGAAAAGAUCAUCAUCCGCAUCCAAAAUCAAGAGAAAGAACUUUGAUCGCUCCGGUCACUCCACAUCAGGCGAUGACGAUUUGAGUCAAGUGUCAGCCCCAGUUACCCCAGUGAGACGAAAGAAGAAAGGGAGCUUGGACUCCUGUUCCACCAGUUCCGAGACAUCCUUAUUCUCUGUGACAAGCCAGCCCACUCCUAGAAGAUCAUUAUCUACUGGCACUAGGAGAAAGAAGAAGGAAGUCUUGGAUCAAUCUGGUCAUUCCGUGGCCUCGGAAAAUAUUAUACGACGCAGCUCUCCAAAGUCAAAACCGUCUGAUCCGCAGUUGGAUUCGCUCUUGUCUCCAGGAUCCACGAAAGAGAGAAGAAAGCUCAAGAAGUUUCUUGAUGCUGAAGACGAGUUGGUCCAGCCCGGAUCUUUCCGAAGCUUACCAGCGGGUUCAGAUCAUCACGCAAGACGGAGAUCCAUGAAAAAGGCCAUCAAGAACGGCGUUGCAAGUCCAAGUCCAAAGCAAAAGAGCAGGUCCAGCAGUUUGAGAGUGAAAGGUGACGACAUGGCGGAUGUCGUCAGCAAGAAAAUGAGAAAUAUGAGUCUAUCGUCUUCCGAACAUGGGGGACCCAAAAGGUCUUCAAAAGCUGGAAAAGUUAAGGCGGUGAGAAAAAUGAGACGAUAUUCCACUGCCAUGUGA